AUGUCCUCGGCGCACAAACCGACGACGCAGGAAGCAAUCAACUUCUUCAAGCAGUAUCGAGCGAAGUUUCAGUCUGGUUGUAGCGAGGGGAAUUCGCCUAGUCAAAAUAGUGUGAAUGCAUCUCGUGCGCAGAACAUUGUGACACAGGUGCAGCAGGUCGGCGUGGUGGCGGACCCAACCACCCGCAGCAUUGUUCCGAUGGACCGCCGAAGUGGUACGACGACCACGCGGCUCGAUCUGCUUCGCAAAUCGCCCACAAACUGCUCUCCGUGCUUACUGCAGGACGUCGCGAUUAAGCCGCUGCUGCCGCCGCUGCCCUUUGCCUCCGUACCAAAGGUGACGCUAGUGCUGGAUGUGGACGAGACGCUGGUGCACUCCACGUUUCAGCCGAGCUCGGAUGUAGUGUACGACAAAGUGCUGCACGUGCCCUCUGACGGGCGCAUGUACACUGUCAGCGUCAAGUACCGACCCUACCUGGAGGACUUUUUGCGCUUCAUCAGCCGUCGCUUUGAAGUGGUGGUCUUCACAGCCAGCAUGCGCGCCUACUGUGAUAAACUAAUGGACGAAAUCGAUCCACAGGGUAUUCUGGGAAACUUGCGUCUAUUCCGCGAGCACUGCACCCUCUGCGAGCGCUCUUACGUGAAGGAUCUUCACCGACUCGGCCGCGAUCUUCGUCGAGUUGUCAUUCUGGACAACAGCCCAGCCGCCUACUCGUUUCAGCAGCGUAACGCCAUCCCGAUCAAGACGUGGAUCAACGACCCGAAGGACUGCGAGCUGUUCUUGCUUUUUCCUUUCCUUGACAGCCUCUCGAUGUGCGGCUCGGUCUACAGCGAGCUGGAUCUGUACAACGCCAGGGGGUGCGACUAUCUGUGA